CCAUUUAUUCAAAGCCUCUCAUACAUACAUUCUAUAAAUCUCCCUCAUCUUCUCUCCCUCUUCUAUAUUGAAAAAUCAAAACUUUGGAAACUUUGGGGUUUGGCCAAUCAAAUAUGGGUCGGUUCAUGCUAUUAGCUGUGUGGUCACUUUCCCUAGGUUUGAGCCUCUACCCUUACAUGGCAUCAGCUCAGCUAAAACAAAACUACUAUGCCAAUACCUGCCCCAAUGUUGAAAACAUUGUUAAAAAUGUUGUUCAAAAGAAAUUUCAACAAACUUUUGUAACAGUUCCUGCAACCCUUCGUCUUUUUUUCCAUGAUUGUUUUGUCCAGGGUUGUGAUGCCUCAGUGAUUAUACAAUCCACCGGAAGCAACAAGGCAGAGAAGGACCACCCUGAUAAUCUUUCUUUAGCUGGAGAUGGAUUUGACACUGUGAUCAAAGCCAAGGCCGCGGUUGAUGCUGUCCCAAGCUGCAAAAAUAAGGUCUCAUGUGCUGAUAUUCUCGCCAUGGCUACCCGGGAUGUCAUUGCACUGGCUGGUGGGCCUUCAUAUGCGGUUGAGUUAGGAAGACUGGAUGGCCUGGUCUCAAAAGCUACAGAUGUUGAAGGGAAACUACCUCAGCCAACUUUUAAUUUGAACCAGCUUAAUUCCAUGUUUGCUGCCCAUGGACUCUCCCAAACCGAUAUGAUUGCUCUCUCAGGUGCGCAUACCCUUGGAUUCUCACAUUGUAAUAGGUUUGCAAACCGGAUUUACAAUUUCAGCCCUCAGAACUCAGUGGACCCCUCGUUGAGCAAAGACUAUGCUAGCCAGCUACAAGCAAUGUGUCCCAAAAAUGUUGACCCUUUAAUAGCCAUCAACAUGGACCCAACUACGCCUAGAACCUUUGAUAAUGUAUACUACAAGAAUCUUCAACAAGGCAAGGGACUUUUCACCUCGGACGAAAUACUCUUCACUGAUACCAGGUCUAGGCCCACGGUUAAUACUUGGGCAAGUAACUCUGCUUCUUUCCAAAAUGCUUUUAUCACUGCCAUGACCAAGCUGGGCCGGGUCGGAGUCAAGACUGGAAAGAAUGGGAAUAUUCGUCGUGAUUGUUCUGCUUUUAAUUGAGAAAACUUUAAAUUAAACUCCACCCGGAAAAUUCCAAGUGUAAAAGACCAAAGCUAAACGGUAUAUUAUUAUUAUUAUUAUUAUAGGAAGCACAACAGAUCAGCACUAGCAAUUUGUAAUUUAAUUUGCGAUUUAAACAUUAGUUGUUGUGUGGAAUAAUCAAGAAUGCAAUAUUGGAAUGGAAGGCAUGGUGGGCUUGAAUUUAUUGAAUAA